GGAGCUGAGCAUCUCGGGCGAGGCGGGCGGACGGCAGCACCAUGCAGGCGGCGGCGGCGACGGCUGUGUCCGUGCCCUUCUUGCUGCUCUGCACCCUGGGGACCUGUCCCCCGGCGCGCUGCGGCCGGGCAGGAGACGCCCCGUUGACCGAACUGGAGAGGAGGAACGAGAACCGCUUCCUGGAGCGCCAGAGCAUCGUGCCACUCCGGCUCAUCUACAGCUCGGGCGGAGAAGACGAAACUGGACACGACGCGCUGGACACGCGGGUGCGGGGCGACCCCAGCAGCGGGCAGUUGACUCACGUUGACCAGGCAAGCUUCCAGCUGGACGCCUUUGGAACAUCUUUUAUUCUUGAUGUCCUGCUAAAUCAUGAUUUGCUGUCCUCUGAAUAUGUGGAGAGACACAUUGAACAUGGAGGGAAGACUGUGGAAGUAAAAGGGGGAGAACACUGUUACUACCAGGGCCACAUCCGAGGAAAUCCUGCCUCAUUUGUGGCAUUGUCGACAUGCCAUGGACUUCAUGGGAUGUUCUAUGAUGGGAACCACACCUAUCUCAUUGAGCCGGAAGGAAAUGACACCUCCCAAGAGGAUUUCCAUUUUCAUUCGGUUUACAAAUCCAGACUGUUUGAAUUUCCCUUGGAUGAUCUUCCAUCUGAAUUCCAACAAGUAAAUAUCACUCCACCAAAAUUUAUUUUGAAGCCAAGACCAAAAAGGAGUAAACGGCAGCUUCGUCGAUAUCCUCGUAAUGUAGAGGAGGAAACCAAAUAUAUUGAACUCAUGAUUGUGAACGAUCAUCUCAUGUUUAAAAAGCAUCGGCUUUCAGUGGUACUUACCAAUACGUACGCGAAAUCUGUGGUGAACAUGGCAGAUUUAAUAUAUAAAGACCAACUUAAGACAAGGAUAGUAUUGGUUGCCAUGGAAACCUGGGCGGCUGACAACAAGUUUGCCAUAUCUGAAAAUCCACUGAUCACCCUACGUGAGUUUAUGAAAUACAGGAGGGAUUUUAUCAAAGAGAAAAGUGACGCAGUUCACCUUUUUUCGGGAAGUCAAUUUGAGAGUAGCCGGAGCGGGGCAGCUUAUAUUGGUGGGAUUUGCUCGUUGCUGAAAGGAGGAGGCGUGAAUGAAUUUGGGAAAACGGACUUAAUGGCAGUUACACUUGCCCAGUCAUUAGCCCAUAAUAUUGGUAUUAUCUCAGACAAAAGAAAGUUAGCAAGUGGUGAGUGUAAAUGUGAGGACACGUGGUCUGGAUGCAUAAUGGGAGACACUGGAUAUUAUCUUCCUAAAAAGUUUACCCAGUGUAAUAUUGAAGAGUAUCAUGACUUCCUAAAUAGUGGAGGUGGUGCUUGCCUUUUCAACAAACCUUCUAAGCUUCUUGAUCCUCCUGAGUGUGGUAAUGGCUUCAUUGAAACUGGCGAGGAGUGUGACUGCGGGACCCCGGCAGAAUGUGUCCUUGAAGGAGCAGAGUGUUGUAAGAAAUGUACCUUGACUCAAGACUCCCAGUGCAGUGAUGGUCUUUGUUGUAAAAAGUGCAAGUUUCAGCCUAUGGGAACCGUGUGCCGUGAAGCAGUAAAUGAUUGUGAUAUUCGUGAAACAUGCUCUGGAAAUUCAAGCCAGUGUGCCCCCAAUAUUCAUAAGAUGGAUGGUUAUUCAUGUGAUGGUGUCCAGGGAAUUUGCUUUGGAGGAAGAUGUAAAACCAGGGAUAGACAAUGCAAAUACAUCUGGGGGCAAAAUGUGAUGUCAUCAGAUAAAUACUGCUAUGAGAAACUGAAUAUAGAAGGCACGGAGAAGGGUAACUGUGGGAAAGACAAAGACACGUGGAUACAGUGCAACAAACGGGAUGUGCUCUGUGGUUACCUUCUGUGUACGAACAUUGGUAACAUCCCAAGACUUGGAGAACUUGAUGGUGAAAUCACGUCUACUUUGGUUGUGCAACAGGGAAGAACGUUAAACUGCAGUGGUGGGCAUGUUAAGCUUGAUGAAGAUGUCGACCUUGGCUAUGUGGAAGACGGGACACCCUGUGGUCCCAAGAUGAUGUGCUUAGAACACAGGUGUCUUCCUGUGGCUUCCUUCAACUUUAGUACUUGCUUAAGCAAUAAAGAAGGCACUGUUUGUUCAGGAAAUGGAGUUUGCAGUAAUGAGCUGAAGUGUGUGUGUAACAGACACUGGGUAGGUGAAGACUGCAGCACUUACUUCCCUUACAAUGAUGAUGCAAAGGCUGGCAUUACGCUGUCUGGCAAUGGUGUUGCUGGUACCAAUAUUAUAAUAGGCAUAAUUGCUGGCACCAUUUUAGUGCUGGCCCUCAUAUUAGGAAUUACUGCAUGGGGCUAUAAAAACUAUCGAGAGCAGAGACAGUUACCCCAGGGAGAUUAUGUAAAAAAGCCUGGAGAUGGCGACUCUUUUUAUAGCGACAUUCCUCCUGGAGUCAGCACAAACUCAGCAUCUAGUUCUAAGAAGAGGUCUGCUUUUCUGUCGCAUUUUCAGAUUUCUACCUGUUCCAUCACACAUUAUUCCAUUAGUCAGAACAUUUCAUUAUUUUGCAGCAGGUCAAAUGGACUUUCUCAUUCUUGGAGUGAAAGGAUUCCAGACACAAAACAUAUUUCAGACAUCUGUGAAAAUGGACGACCUCGGAGUAACUCUUGGCAAGGUAACCUGGGAGGCAACAGAAAGAAAAUCAGAGGCAAAAGAUUUAGACCUCGAUCUAAUUCAACUGAGAGGGAGCCCCAAGCACCUGAGCCUGGGCACUCCCUCGCCCAGACAGUCCCAUCCCAAGGCAUAAGCUCAGGGGGCUCUGACAGCCCCCAGACAGGGAGUCUGGAUCACAGGACUUUAUCUCCUGCCAAGUCUCCUUCUUCGUCAACUGGGUCUAUUGCUUCCAGCAGAAAAUACCCUUAUCCAAUGCCUCCCCUUCCUGAUGAGGAUAAGAAAGUGAACCGACCAAGUGCCAGGCUAUGGGAGACAUCCAUUUAAGAUCAGCUGUUUACAUGUGAUACAUCGAAACUGUUUACUUCAACUUUUAUACAAACCCAGCCUCACGGAAUCACUGCAAAUCUAUCUGCUCUUCAGACAAUUCAAAAACAUCUCUGAGAAGCCACAGAG